CCAGCAAACUUGCAAUGUGGCCAAACAUCACGCAUGAAGCGAGCUGUUCUUCGCAGUCCCACCCAAACCCUCUCAAUGUCCACAUGCCAGAACACAAUUCGCCGAUAUAGCAUGAAUGUUUGCCAAUUACUAAUCAAAUUCCAACACUUCGAGUUGCAACAACCGACCAUGGAUGCGCUCAUGAACACUCUGACCUGUACGGACUCAUUUACGGCGGGCCGCUUCAAAUUAUGUGGCGAUAAUAGCGGCCAACAUAUCUACUUGCCAUUCACGGCAGACAGCACAGUGCUAAGCUUUAAUUUACCUUCGAAUUCUGCGCAAUCUAGUUGGCAUUUGAUUGUCGAGCAACUCGAGUGCCCACCUGCUGGCAGUCACCUCGGCGAUGGAUUGCCGCCACUCAUCAGUGGCGUGGUGAAUAAUCUGCUCGAUAUGCGUAACCUUUUUUCGCGAUUCAUCAAUGACUUAGAUUUGCUGGCGCCCAUCGGUUGUGACCAAUACUAUACACAACCAUCAGGAGUUAUAAAGAGCUUCAACUAUCGCGAUGGCAUUAGCACACAUUAUAUGACCCAUCUCAAGUAUACGAUUUGUAUAAAGUCCACAAAAGGCGCCAACGAGAUCGAAUAUACCGUAAAGAAGUUUUCAAUGUCGUCCGAGUUGUCUUUCGAAUACUAUAAUGACGCCUGCCAUCCGGCCAUAUCCACGGAGGGACGCCAAAGCGACUACCUGAUGAUACCAAACUCGUACUUCGCAGAUAACAGAGCACAUCAGCCAACGUAUUUUUGUGGUCUAGGCCUCACUGCGGGUCAAGUUUUAGUGGGAUCAGGCCCGUUCAUUAUGUAUUUUGCCAGCGAUGAGCAUUGGCAGGAAGUGGAAACGGGCUUCCACAUUGAAUAUCGCAUUAAAACUGCGCUUUGAUACUUCGGACUUUGUUACUCUGUGAACCGCGAAUUAAUUGAAUAAAAGUCGUU